AUGUCCAAUGAAAGUUGUGGUUUACCCUUGGACACGGACGUGUUGGGCUUGACUUGUAUCUACGGUCUGGUUUUCUCUGUUGGAUUGCCUUCUAACCUGCUGUCCCUCUGGGGGUUGUACCACCUUUGCCGCUCAGGUAGCGGCGGCUGCCAGCUGGUCUACAUCCUCAACCUCCUUCUCUCCGACCUCCUGCAGUUGCUCACACUCCCGUUAUGGAUGCUGUACCUCCAGGGAGCCCACCGCUGGCCCUACGGCCGACUUGCCUGCGAGUUAGUAGGCUACGUCUUCUACGUUAACGUCUACGCCAGCGUCAUGUUCCUGUGCCUGAUCGCGCUGGACCGUUGCCUGGCCAUCGUGUUCCCGCUGAGCAGUCGCAGGGUGAGGACGGUCCGGGUGGCCGUCGUGUCGGGCUCGGCCGUGUGGACGCUCACCUUUCUCUUCUGCCUUUUCGGACUCUUACCGUCCGUCUUCGACUCGGAGCGACUGCUGUGUCUGGAGCAGUACCCCGUCAGCCCAAGAUAUGCUCACUUCAAAAUUACCACCGUGGCUCUGGGUUUCCUGUUGCCAGGCGCCAUACUCGGCUACACUUCAACACACAUCUGGGUCACUCUGCGCCACUCCCCCUCCUUAUCGGCUCACGAGCGUCGCAAGAUCGUGGGCGUCCUAGUGGUCAUUACUGUCAAUUUCAUCGCUGUGUUUGGACCUUACCACCUGGUGGGCGGGUACAGAUUCGCGUCCUUGCUGAGGACCGACGAGCCGUGCGAACUGGAGCGCUCCAUCUUUUUGCUUUACCGCCUCUGCUAUGGGUUGACGAGCCUGAACACGAUGCUCGAUCCUCUCUUCUACAUCUUCCUGUGCGCCGAUGCCCGGCUGGAGCUGCGGAGGUCGCUGCCCUGCUUGGGACGUGGCAAAGACACAGCUGCGAGCCCCAGAGUUCAUAUGGAUUCCCGGAGAGACAAGGAAAGUGGAUGUGAAAAUCCUAUCAUAACCUAG